AUGAUGCUGGUCUCUUUCACGCGGUCUCCUCCUCGCCUCAUCCGUCCCUCUCCCACUCCGCCCUUCCGCCGCCAGCCCCUUGCAUCCCAUGCAGCCAUGCCUCCCAUGCAGCCAUGCCUCCCAUGCAGCCAUCCCUCCCAUGCAGCCAUGCCUCCCAUGCAGCCAUGCCUCCCAUGCAGCCAUGCCUCCCAUGCAGCCAUGCCUCCCAUGCAGCCAUGCCUCCCAUGCAGCCAUCCCUCCCAUGCAGCCAUCCCUCCCAUGCAGCCAUGCCUCCCAUGCAGCCAUCCCUCCCAUGCAGCCAUCCCUCCCAUGCAGCCAUCCCUCCCAUGCAGCCAUGCCUCCCAUGCAGCCAUCCCUCCCAUGCAGCCAUCCCUCCCAUGCAGCCAUCCCUCCCAUGCAGCCAUCCCUCCCAUGCAGCCAUCCCUCCCAUGCAGCCAUCCCUCCCAUGCAGCCAUGCCUCCCAUGCAGCCAUCCCUCCCAUGCAGCCAUGCCUCCCAUGCAGCCAUCCCUCCCAUGCAGCCAUGCCUCCCAUGCAGCCAUGCCUCCCAUGCAGCCAUGCCUCCCAUGCAGCCAUCCCUCCCAUGCAGCCAUCCCUCCCAUGCAGCCAUCCCUCCCAUGCAGCCAUGCCUCCCAUGCAGCCAUCCCUCCCAUGCAGCCAUCCCUCCCAUGCAGCCAUCCCUCCCAUGCAGCCAUGCCUCCCAUGCAGCCAUGCCUCCCAUGCAGCCAUCCCUCCCAUGCAGCCAUCCCUCCCAUGCAGCCAUCCCUCCCAUGCAGCCAUCCCUCCCAUGCAGCCAUCCCUCCCAUGCAGCCAUCCCUCCCAUGCAGCCAUGCCUCCCAUGCAGCCAUCCCUCCCAUGCAGCCAUCCCUCCCAUGCAGCCAUGCCUCCCAUGCAGCCAUGCCUCCCAUGCAGCCAUCCCUCCCAUGCAGCCAUGCCUCCCAUGCAGCCAUCCCUCCCAUGCAGCCAUCCCUCCCAUGCAGCCAUCCCUCCCAUGCAGCCAUGCCUCCCAUGCAGCCAUCCCUCCCAUGCAGCCAUCCCUCCCAUGCAGCCAUGCCUCCCAUGCAGCCAUACCUCCCAUGCAGCCAUCCCUCCCAUGCAGCCAUGCCUCCCAUGCAGCCAUGCCUCCCAUGCAGCCAUGCCUCCCAUGCAGCCAUCCCUCCCAUGCAGCCAUGCCUCCCAUGCAGCCAUCCCUCCCAUGCAGCCAUCCCUCCCAUGCAGCCAUCCCUCCCAUGCAGCCAUCCCUCCCAUGCAGCCAUCCCUCCCAUGCAGCCAUGCCUCCCAUGCAGCCACCCCUCCCACGCAGCCAUGCCUCCCAUGCAGCCAUGCCUCUCGCGCAGCCAUCCCUCCUGCAUGACCCGUGA